GGCGUCAGAGGGGACGGGCGGAGCGCCCGGCUUCCUCCGCCCCUUUAGGGUGAGGAUUGGGCCCUGCGCGGCGGCCUAGCAUCGGCCGGGGCCGUGCUCUUGCCUUCUCUCAACGCCGCGGGGACACGUGUGUGGAUGAGCGCGCACGCGGGGCGAGGGCAGGGACCCCCUAUGGUGACAGUUCCCUUGCUAGCAGGGCAGUUCUUGCCACCACAUGGUGACGCACCAUGCCCAUAGUGGACAAGCUGAAAGAAGCCCUAAAGUCUGGGCGGAAAGACUCUGCUGAUGAUGGUGAGCUGGGCAAGCUGCUGGCUGCUUCUGCCAAGAAGGUCUUGCUGCAAAAGAUUGAGUUUGAACCAGCCUCCAAAAGCUUUUCAUACCAGCUGGAGAGCCUCAAAAGCAAAUACGUUCUGCUAAAUCCAAAGACAGAAAACUCUAGUAGGCAUAAAGGCAAUGAAGAAGGAUCCAUUCGGAAACAAGGCACUGAGCUUUUACUGGGAGGUGAUGGUGUGCCAGCCCCACAGAAGGUCCUCUUUCCUGUAGAGCGUCUCUCUUUGAAAUGGGAGCGGGUGUACCGUGUUGGAGCUGGUCUCCACAACCUCGGCAACACUUGUUUCCUCAACUCCACUUUGCAAUGUCUGACGUAUACGCCUCCUCUAGCCAAUUAUCUGCUUUCCAAGGAGCAUAGCCGUACUUGCCACCAGGGAGGCUUCUGCAUGAUGUGCAUUAUGCAGAAUCACAUGAUUCAGGCUUUUGCUAACAGUGGCAAUGCCAUCAAGCCAGUGUCCUUCAUCCGAGACCUUAAAAAGAUUGCUCGACACUUCCGUUUUGGCAGUCAGGAGGACGCACAUGAGUUCUUGCGCUACACCAUUGAUGCCAUGCAGAAGGCCUGUCUCAAUGGUUACACCAAGUUGGAUCGUCAGACUCAGGCUACUACGUUGGUGCAUCAGAUCUUUGGUGGCUACCUCCGAUCACGAGUGAAGUGCUCUGUAUGCAAGAGUGUUUCUGACACUUAUGACCCCUACCUGGACGUGGCUUUGGAGAUCAGGCAGGCUGCCAACAUUGUUCGAGCAUUGGAGUUGUUUGUGAAGGCAGAUGUGUUGAGUGGAGAGAAUGCUUACAUGUGUGCCAAGUGCAAAAAAAAGGUGCCAGCUACCAAGCGCUUCACCAUCCAUCGUGCAUCGAAUGUACUCACAAUCUCCCUCAAGCGUUUUGCCAAUUUUAGUGGAGGCAAAAUCACCAAGGAUGUGGGCUAUCCUGAGUUCCUGAAUAUCCGUCCUUAUAUGUCACAGAGCAGUGGUGAGCCUGUCAUGUACGGUCUCUAUGCCGUGCUUGUGCAUUCAGGAUACAGCUGCCAUGCAGGGCAUUACUACUGCUAUGUCAAGGCAAGCAAUGGUCAAUGGUACCAGAUGAAUGACUCUUUGGUACACUCAAGCAACAUCAAAGUUGUUCUCAAUCAGCAGGCCUAUGUGUUGUUCUAUCUUAGGAUCCCAAGCACUAGGAAGAGUCCUGAAGGGUCUAUCUCCAAGACCAACUGCCCUGUGUCAAACCGAGCAAGCAUUGUCUCUGACCAUAUGAAGAGAAGCACGACCAAUGGUGCCCUUGCAUCACCACUGAUCAGCAGAAGGCCAGAUGUGACUCAGGCCAAGAAAACCCUGGAGCCUGAGGAGUGUGGCGUUUCUGUGGCCCGCAGCUCCUUUGCUCUCAACUCCAAACCUCAGAAUGGGACUGGUCCUUCUCCCAAGCUCUUCCCUACUGCUGGCUUCUUGUCACCAAAACUCCCCAGCAAGCCAACUUUCCUAGAUGACUUAAGCAAGAGAUCCAAGAAGCAGCCUCUCCUCAAAACAUCUCAGGACUACAGUGGUGGUGUCAGGGUGGAGAUGUGCAAGCAGAAUUCCUGGGAAGACAAGGGCUUGACACCCUCUUCCCAGCUGCUACAGAGUCCUGCAGAAGACUUUGAGGGCAAAGUUCGUGAAGAAAGCGUGGAGCUGCCAAGCAAGGACUCCUCAUCCUUAACCUCUUCUUCAUCUUCGAGCAGCUCCUCUUCCUCCAGUCCAGCACAUCACUCGAUCAAGGGGCUCCCACAGACCACGAUGGGCAUCAAUGGCUACUGCUCCUCUCAGGAAACAGACUGUGCCUCUGGAAAACCUGUUUCCGAGGUCUCCAAAUUUGCCAAGUUAAAAUCACCGUUGCUGGCUACUGUGACCAAUCUAGAGCUGGGAAGCACCAUGUCACCCCCACCUGCAAAGAAACUGGCGCUCUCUGCCAGGAAGGGCAACAACACACUGCAGAAAGUGAGCGGCAGUGAGCGUCGGGCACCGCCCUACUCCCCACCAGCCGCCACAAACACCACCCACCCUGUCUGCGCCGCUGUACUUGGCUAUCCCAGGGUGCUCUCACCUGCUUCCAAAUCUUCAGCACCUCCGCACUCAGCCAACAGCACCUCUGUCAUCUUUACACCCUCAUCCAGCUUCAAAUCAUGCUGCCCCUCUGCUGCCCUUCCGUCACCACCUGCUAUGCCCAAAGGGGCAUGGAGCCACUUGAACUCAGAUAAGGCCAAGGGCCCUUUCUUUGCCAGCUCCAAGAAAAGAAAAAGAAAGCAUAGCCUUCCAGGGGAGGAACAAGGUACACCUUGCAGCCCAGGCAUGGCAUUAGACAAUGCUGACAGGACCUGCCUCACCAAACCUCCCAAGAAGAAGAGGCAACUGAAGGAAAAUGGCAGCAUGUCUUCUUUACAGGCAAAGGUGGCAGCCAGGAAGGGAGAAGAGGCAGAAAUGGCUGAGGACCAGACAGCACAUGGUUUGAGUCUAACCAGUUCCAUCCCGAAAAAAAAGAGAAAAAGGAGGCUGCAGCAGAGAGAGGAAGACUGCCAACCUUUGCUGUCCCCUGUGAACAGCUGCCCUCCACAGUAUGAGGCAGAGAUUUGUGUAGAACAUGUGUCUACAAAAGAGUCCUGCUGCCUGAAGAAGAGAAAGAAGAAAAAGCAGCUGUCUUUACCAGGUUUAGACAAAGGUGGCACUGCUGCAGAGAGUGAGCAUCGCAAGCAGAAGAGGCGGGAGAAACUGGGUGGUUCUACUUCUGAGGUCGUCAGCCCCUCAGAAGAGCUAAGUGAGAAUGGCCUUUGCUCAGCCAGGGUUGGCUCUCCAGCAGCAUUAAGCUGGGACAGCCAGCUUAAACACUGGGACAAGAGCCCCUCAAAUGUCCUGAGUCCAAGAAAGGAAGUGGCUCAGCACAAGCGUGGGCAGUCUGAUGUGGUCCAGGAACUGCUGAAGGAUUCUUUGGAUAAAGCUUAUGGAAAAGAAGUAUUGACGUGGGAUGGUGAAGUGUCAGCUGUCAGCCAGGAUGCCGUGCGUGAUACUGUGUGUUUCCAGAGCCAAACAGUCCUUGAUGAUUGGGAUGAAGAGUUUGACAGUGGGAAGAUGAAGAAAAGCAAAAAAAUCAAACGUGAGCGGAGGAGAAACUUCAAUGCCUUCCAGAAGUUGCAAAGUCGUCGUAAUUUCUGGGCUAUCACACACCCAGCUAAGGUGGCUAGUCUGAGCUAUCGACUCUGAGACGAUGAAUUCUUGGCUCCAACAAUUCUCUGAUGGAUUCCUGUAUGUUGGAGCAUAAUGUCAUCAACACAGUUGAAAGCUGCCCAACUCUACAGGAGAGGUCCUCUUCUCGUCCUGAGCAGGAUGCUUCCAUCACUGAGGACUGGUUCUUUUAUGCAGGAUCUGGGGAAGUAGGCAUUGGGCUUUGAGGAGCUGUUUCUCUGGAAGGCAGUAGUAGUGGAACUGUUUGUCCUAGCCUGGGUUGACCAGACCCUUGGAAUAAAAGCCGUCUGUUGCUUCUGCCCCCAGAAGCCUGGUUUUGGUGAGCCAUAGCCCCCUUCUGCCUUUCCUGCCAGGAGGAAAUGAAGAGAGCUAUGUCCAGCUCCAGGGAGCUGGUGAUUGCCUUGCCUGAUGUGGCAGUUGCCCCUUUCUGUCAUCCCUGGUGAUGUUGUCAUUAAGACAAGGUUACUGAUGUGGCUAUUCUCCAUUCUUCAUGCAUCCUGCCUCUGGUUUCUACCCUUUCAGACACAUUUCCCCCAAAACUUCUCCAGAUCCCAUUCUUGCUGUGUGGAGCUUUUUGGAGCUGAGAUCUGCACAGCAAGGAAAACUGUUAGUGGGUUUUUGACUGCCCUCAAUAUUUUUUUCAGAGAAGGUGUUAGGAACCCUCAAAUUGCUGCUCAACCCAUGACAACUGCUCAGUGGUACCCUAUACAUGAGUUGCACACCAGUGAGGUUGUGGUACAUCUCUUGUUGGGUUGAACAUCUGGAGGUGGGGAGUCAGAUAGUCAAAUGCUCCUGCAUGUUAUUCAGACAUUCCAUUCCUUGCCUGGGGUCUGAGCUGAGUAGAGUCCAGUGACUGGGGGAUGUUGAUCAAGUAUGUUGUCAUCUCAAAUCAAGGCUGCAGGAAUGAGGCAAAGCUGUCUCUCUUGGCUCUUCCAGCACACUUCUGCCCUUUUGCUAAUUCAUUUCUGCUGGCUGUCAUUCCACAGUUUGCUUGAUGGAAGCUGUGGAUUCAAGAGGACCCAACUCCGGACAGCAGCAGGUUUUCACCUAAAUUUGUAUUGAAGAAGUUGGCAGAUUGGCCUGAUCCCUACCAGAAGAGACCCAACUGUUCCUUGCCAAGCUGAGCUUUCCCAGUGUGGUGGCACUCUUGCCAAGCUCAAAGGGGUUGUGCUUCGCCAGAACUGUGGACUGGUCUUCUCUUUUGUUCCUAAUGUUGGGCUGCUGUUGUCUAGCCUCCAUGGCUCUCCUAAAUGAGCAGCCAUAACCUGCAACUUCCCAAAUCUGCAUGAUCAGUUCCAGGGGCAGGUCAUUGUGCAUCCAUCCCGUUAAUUCUCACACCCUUGCAUUGUCCAUAUUGUUGCCCAUUCAACUCUGGCACCCAUCUCCUCUUAUUUGCAUAGUGGGUGCAUGAGUUGAAUAUGAGCCUAAUUCACUCCAGCAUGAAAACAUUGAAACAAUUAUCAAAAUAGUUUUGACCCUUUAAUUUAUUUUGAGCUAACAGUUUUUUUCCCUAGUGGGGAGGGGGACAUUGAGACACUUCACUCUCUCAGUAGGGGGGAGGGAGCCAAGUCUCACCCACUUGCCCUUUUUGCAGUGCCCUUUUACAAUCUCCUGCCAAACAAGUCUAAAAUACCUGUGUAGAUACCCUUGAUGGGGGGGUAUAUUUUGCACCUUGUGCUGGGGUUUAUUGCAAAUAACCCUGGCUGUAGCAAAGGUUCAUGGUGCAAUAAAAGGAAUGUUUUGUGUA